AUCGGUUGUGGAUUGCCUGUGAGUGGGGAAGGGGGAAGGGAAGGACGGAAGGGAAGAGGAAAGGGAAGGGGAAAGGGAAGGGGUGGGGGUAGGGGAAGGAAUUGACUCUCGAAACACCCAAAAAAGAAAAAAAAAAUUUGCUGCUGUUGUCGAAUGCUGGAGGAGCUGCUUACUGGAUACUCGGAUGCUGGGAGCCGAACACUGAAGCUGGGAGCCGAUUGCCGAGUGUCGAUUGCCGAGAGUCGAAUGCCAGAGAUCGAUUGCCGAGAGUCGAGUCCUAGGAGUCGAACGCGAUCUACAGUGGCACCUGGCUCCUCAUUGCGAACCCCACCAUGGCAGACCAGACCAGACCAGCAGACAAGGCAUCCAACCGAAAGGACACUACCAUAUUUCUAUGGCGAAAAACCGAAAAGGAUUUCUCCGUCCUCUGAUCUCGCCCGAAGACCGGUUGUGACCAACACCGUUGAACGCCAGACUGGACAGCCCGAAGCAGGGACCGGUUGUAGGCAGCCAGGGUCCACGGGAAAAAGGCUGAGACCAGGACCGACAGAGGCAAGACCAGGACCAGAGGAAGAGCCAGAGCCAAGGGAAGAGCCAGAGCCAGGGGAAGACCAGAGCCAGGGGAAGACCAGAGCCAGGGGAAAACCAGAACCAAGGGAAGAGCCAAGAGAAAGACCAGGAGGACCAAGGGAGUGAAGGAAAAAGAAAAAUGAAGGAAAGAAAGAGUGA